CCUAUGUUGUUUGAGCUGUCAACGUUUUACAUUUUACCGCUUUUGCAUGGAAAUUGUGUUUAAAACAAACAAAUUGUUUUUCACGUUCAGUUUUCAAAUUUAGAGAAGCAAGAUGGCCGCUGGACCAAUUGCAGAGCGCAAUCAAGAUGCCACCAUAUAUGCCGGCGGUUUGGAUGACAAAGUAUCGGAAACACUCCUUUGGGAACUUUUUGUACAGGCCGGACCAGUGGUCAACGUGCACAUGCCCAAAGAUCGCGUAACACAAAUGCAUCAGGGCUAUGGCUUUGUAGAGUUUCUUAGUGAGGAGGACGCCGACUAUGCCAUCAAGAUUAUGAACAUGAUCAAGCUAUAUGGCAAGCCUAUACGUGUGAACAAAGCUUCAGCACAUCAAAAGAAUCUGGAUGUUGGUGCAAAUAUCUUCAUUGGUAAUCUGGAUGUAGAGGUAGAUGAAAAACUGCUAUACGAUACCUUCUCUGCCUUCGGCGUGAUACUGCAAACGCCUAAGAUUAUGCGUGAUCCAGAGACAGGCAAGUCCAAGGGCUUUGCCUUUAUCAACUUUGCCAGCUUUGAGGCUAGUGAUGCUGCAAUGGACGCAAUGAAUGGUCAGUACCUGUGCAAUCGUCCGAUAUCCGUGUCGUAUGCAUUCAAAAAGGAUCACAAGGGCGAGCGUCACGGCUCUGCUGCUGAACGUUUGCUCGCUGCUCAAAAUCCUUCCGCACAUGCGGAUCGUCCUCAUCAGUUAUUCGCCGAUGCGCCUGUACAAAACAUGAUGUCACAUAUGCCGGGGCAAAUGAUGCCGCCCCCUAUGAUGGCGCCUCCUCCGCCUGUGGUACCUGUGAAUCAUAACAAUAACAACAUCAGUAUGAUUCAACCACCACCGCCAGUGCCGCAGCCCUCGGCGUUCCCAGCUACCAUACCUCCACCGCCGCUGCCUCCAAUGGCCGGUGGUCAGCCGCCACUGCCGCCCACAAUGGGCAUACCGCCGCCUCCACGCAUGAUGCAACCUCCUAACGCUUGGGCGCCACCUGGCAUGCCCGCACCGCCGCCGCGUCCACCGCCGAAUGGCUGGCGUCCGCCACCUGUGCCAUUUGCACCUACGCCCUACUCCAGACCCUAUCAAACGGAUGGCUACCAGUACUAACAUAGCAUGUAUUUUUAUAGCAAUUUAGACGCAUGGGCAGGAAUCAACCAAAAAAGAAUUAAAAAAAAGAAAAGAAUUUGUUA